UUCCCGUGGAACCCAUAAUGCAGCAGCUUGUUCCACACGGAAGACCUAUUCAAACGGACAGUUUCUGUCCUUCACCUAAUUCCCUCCGUCUAGAUCUGUGCACCGGUGAUGUAAACACUCAUGACGUGAGCAUGAUGAAAUAUCAGUGAAUAUAUAACAGUGUAGCCGAUAUAUUUGUAAUUUAACAGCACUUUUUAAAGGGUCGGUAUGCAUUCGCGUAUUUUAUUUAAAGGGACAGCAGCAGCUGUUGCUGCGAGAAGGAUUCGCCAUAUAUUGGGACCCGUAAUGUCAAAAGAAGGUUGGAACUGCAGCGCACAUGAGGUCAAACUCCUCAACACCUCAUCAGGUGACACUGUGAAGAUUGGCGAGAUCUCAUAUCGACUCAAAACCCCCAGAAAUCCAGAACUUGUGCCAGUAAACCACAUGAUGGAGGCUUUGCCACAAAUCAUCACCCAGCACCUUCGCUGGAUAAUGCAGAAGGACCUUCUUGGACAGGACGUGUUUCUCAUUGGUCCUCCUGGUCCUCUACGGCGCUCGAUUGCCAUGCAGUACCUGGAGUUAACAAAGCGAGAGGUUGAAUAUGUUGCCCUGUCCAGAGACACUACUGAGACUGAUCUCAAACAGCGCAGAGAGAUCCGCUCAGGAACUGCCUUUUAUAUAGACCAGUGUGCUGUCCGAGCUGCUACCGAGGGUCGGAUUCUGGUGUUGGAGGGGCUGGAGAAGGCAGAGAGGAAUGUGUUGCCAGUUCUCAAUAACCUGCUUGAGAAUCGAGAGAUGCAGCUGGAAGAUGGACGCUUCCUCAUGUCAGCACAGCGCUACGACAAACUCCUGGAGGAGCACACUAAAGAGGAGAUGGACGCAUGGAAGAUUGUUCGUGUGAGUGAGGAUUUUCGAGUCAUUGCUCUCGGCCUGCCGGUCCCCCGAUACAAAGGAAACCCACUGGAUCCUCCGCUUCGCUCCCGCUUCCAGGCCAGAGACAUCUACUACCUUCCCUUCAAGGACCAGCUAGAGCAUCUGUACAGAAUUGGACCAAAUGUGCCUCCUGAAAGGGUUUCCCAGCUCUUGUCUUUCGCCACUACUCUUUGUUCUCAAGAGUCUGCCAGCUUAAACCUGCCUGAUUUCCCUGUGGACAAUCUCCCAUCAGCCCUCACAGUUCUGAACCGGUUCCCCAUGCUGUCAGCGCAGCAGCUGGUCCAGAGGCUUUACCCAUACCAGGCCAUGCUGGGGAAGGAAGGCCGCACCGCCGUAGAAGGGGUGCUCAGUAGGUUUGAAUUGACUGAUGAGAGCACAAAGCCUUCUCCGACUGCAGUGGUGAACGUUGAGAUUUUGAGUGGAGAUCAUGCAGAACAGGCAGCCGUCACGCUCAACAUCGCCAACCAGAACACCACCUUUCAGGUUCCUUCUGGGACGCGGCCGAUUCGCCCACCCAACAGCAGUCCCGCGUUCAUCGGCACCCCCACACACGACCGCCUGCUGGCUGAGAUGAUGCAGUCCCACCUCGUCAAAGACAUGUGUCUGAUCGGAGCCAAGGGUUGUGGCAAAUCCAUGAUUGCGAGAGAGUUUGCUGAAAUGCUGGGCUACAGCAUUGAACCAAUUAUGCUUUAUCAGGAUAUGACAGCGCGGGACCUGCUCCAGCAGAGGUACACCCUGCCUAAUGGAGACACAGCCUGGAGGGCAUCCCCGCUGGUCACUGCUGCUCAGGAGGGCAAGCUGGUGCUGCUGGACGGCAUCCAUCGGGUCAACCUGGGCACUCUGGCUGUGCUGUCCAGGUUACUGCAUGACCGAGAGCUGGCUCUGUAUGACGGGACUCGACUGCUCAGGUGGGACCGUUACCAGACUCUAAAAGAGGAACUGAAGCUCACUGACCAGGAGCUGCAAGACAGAUCCAUCUUCCCAAUCCACCCGUCAUUCAGGAUCAUCGCCCUAGCCGAGCCUCCUCAGGUCGGGAGCGCCACUCAGCAGUGGCUCGGCCCAGAGAUUCUCACCAUGUUUCUCUUUCACACCAUCAAACCACUGGCCAAGGCAGAGGAAACGGCCAUUCUCCAGGGCAUGAUCCCAAAUGUUCCCAAAGAAGCAGUGGAGCAGCUGCAACACCUGACUCACAGCCUGAGAAAAUCCAACGAUCCAACGGCCCUGUCCCUUGCUUCUUCAUUGUCCACCAGGCAGCUGCUGAGAAUCUGUCGGCGUCUUUCUCAGUAUCCACAGGAGAGUGUUGCUCACGCUGUUAACAAAGCCUGUCUGUCCAGGUUUCUGCCCAGUCUGGCUCGCUCGUCUCUUCAGAAGAGUCUUAUGAACUGCUCAAUAGAGGAUCAGCCUGACCCAGCAUCAGAACAGAACCACCUCUACACCUGCACAGUAAAAGAUGGACUUCUGACCAUAGGGAACAUCUCGGCUCCUGUGUACAGCCCUGAUGAGAAGAUGAAGGUCCCAGACGUGCUCUUUUAUGAGAACGUUCAGCACAUGAUGGUCAUGCAGGACAUGCUGAAGGACUUCCUGUUGGGGGAACACCUUCUUCUUGUGGGCAACCAGGGUGUUGGGAAAAACAAGAUUGUUGAUCGAUUCUUGCAUCUCAUGAACAGACCGAGAGAAUAUCUUCAGCUACACAGAGACACCACAGUCCAGACUUUAACUCUGCAGCCCUCUGUGAGAGAUGGAGUCAUCGUCUAUGAAGACUCUCCAUUGGUUAAAGCUGUGAAGAUGGGACACAUCCUGGUGAUAGAUGAAGCUGAUAAAGCUCCCACAAAUGUCACCUGCAUCCUGAAGACUUUGGUGGAAAGUGGAGAGAUGAUCCUGGCAGAUGGAAGAAGAAUAGUGUCAGACCCGUUGGAAGCAGCAGGAAGGCCUAAUGCCAUUCCCAUGCAUCCAGACUUCCGCAUGAUUGUUUUAGCAAACCGACCAGGCUUUCCGUUUUUGGGAAAUGACUUUUUUGGAGCUCUUGGGGACAUAUUUAGCUGCCAUGCAGUGGACAACCCCAAACCUCAGGCAGAGUUUGCCAUGCUGAAGCAGUACGGGCCUGGCGUUCCUGAUGCUGUUCUCCAGAAACUGGUGGCUGCAUUCGGAGAGCUCCGGGCCAUGGCUGACCAAGGAACAAUCACCUACCCCUACUCUACACGAGAGGUGGUCAACAUCGUAAAACACCUACAGAAAUUUCCGGAUGAGGGAUUGGCCAACGUGGUGAGGAAUGUGUUUGACUUUGACUCCUAUAACAAGGACACGCGUGAGGUGCUGAUCACAGCUCUGCACAAGCACGGCAUUCCUAUCGGAGCCAAACCCACCAGCGUACACCUGGCCAAGGAGUUACCAUUGCCAGACUGUAAGAUGGCGGGUUACUGGGCCAUCAAUCGGGACGGUAAUACACGACGAAAGCUGCUGUGUCCAACAGAGUCCCAUCGGAUAGACAUAAAGGGCCCGGUGUUUCUGCGGGUUCAGAGUUAUCCAUCUGAAAGGCAUGAGACCAGAUCUAUGAGCUUCACUGAGGAACAGGCUCACUGGCAAAUCCCCAUGAACGAGGUCAACAUCAUCUGCGACGUCACCACUGCUAACGAUUCCAUUUACGUGGCAACAUGUAACCCUGUAUCGCUGUAUGCUAUGAAGGAGAGAGGAGACUCCGUCCAGUGCGUUGAGCUCUACGACAUCUUCCCCCGAACCAUCAGUGGAGUGUGGCAGCCCUUUGUCUCUGUGGCGGCACUGGGCAACCCACUGCAGGACCAGGUGGUUCUCCAUGAAGAACAGGGCAACACAGUUCUGCAUGUGGACCUGGUUACUGGUGCUGUGAGGAGACUGGUCCUGUCUCAGGACAAGCAGGAGGAACCACAACGCAAGACUUCAAACUGGUGGAGCAACAAAGAGAGUCAGCCAGGAUACAAAAUGUGCAAGGAGUUUGCCCACAAGAACUGGCUUCUCUUCUACAAAGAAAAUGGGAAUCAGCUGGAUGUUGUUGAUGUGCUGGAAGGUCAGGUUCACACCAUCUCCCUCCCCAUCAAUCUCAAGGCUGUGUUCCUGGUGGCUGAAGACCGCUGGCUUCUUGUUGAGAGCAAGACUGACAGGAAGUUCCUGUUGACAAAGCCCAUGCACAUGGGCGCAGAGGACACGGGAGUGUGCCAGCUGCACGCCAUCAGUGAAGACGCUGUUAACACUGGCUUUGGCACCAGCUCAGGGAUGGAAAGCACAGCUCCUCAGGAGGUGUCGAAUGAGCAGCUGCCCAAUGAGAACCUCAGCACUGCCCUGGGGCAGAAGAUCGCCUCUCCCAACCGCAUCCUCUGUGACACAAACACCUAUGCUAAUGUUAUUGUGGGAUUCCCAGAUCUCAUGUCCCCAAACGAGGUGUACAGCUUUAAGAGAUCUUCGCCCAUAACAGAGGGUCGAGGGCCUGAUAUGUUUUUCGGGUCAAAUAAGCGAACAGGGCCCGCAAAGAGGAUGAACUGUGUCUGUCUGUUAGAUGCCAAUCAAGUGGUUCGAGCGCUGCCUCCUACACAAGUCCCACUGACUGAGGUCUACCCUAAAGAUGUCACACCACCCAUGGCGGCUGCUUACCUGGAAGUGACAGACCUGAACUCUAAGAAGCUCAAAUACAUUCCAGUCCCAAGGAGCAGCUCGAUGUCUCCUUACACUGUGUGGAUCUCUAAGAUCUCAGACACAGAUGUGGUGAUGGCUCCUCUGGGCUCUGGUGGGGUGGUGACUGUCGACAUGGGAGGCUACGUUAGAGUGUGGGAAACCGGCCUCGACAACCUGCAGCGCUCUCUGCUGGAGUGGAGGAACAUGAUCGGGUCAGAGGAUGGCAGGCCAAUCCAGAUCACCAUUCAGAGAGACAGUGGCCUAGAUGUCAGCUCCCCCAAACAUGGCAAGAUUGACCCCAAAAACGCCCCUCAUGUAGGGGGGAACCAGUGGGCUGGAGGCACAGGUGGCAGAGAUACAGCAGGUCUCGGAGGGAAGGGAGGACCCUACCGUCUGGACGCCGGACACAAAGUUCACCAGAUCUCUCAGGCAGAGAAAGACGCUGUGCCAGACGAGGUGAAGAGAGCAGCACGCGAGAUGGGGGAGAAGGCUUUUAAGCAGAGGCUCAAGGAAAUUGAGAUGAGUGAGUAUGAUGCCACCACUUACGACCGUUUCUCUGGAGCGGUCCGACGACAGGUCCAGUCGCUCCGCAUCAUUCUGGACAGUCUGCAGGCUAAAGGGAAGGAGAGGCAGUGGCUGAGGAAUCAGGCUCUGGGCGAGCUGGACGAUGCUAAGAUCAUUGACGGCCUAACAGGAGAGAAGGCCAUUUACAAACGCAGAGGAGAGCUGGAGCCAGAGUUGGGGUCUCCUCAGCAGAAGCCGAAGCGUUUGCGUCUGCUAGCGGACGUCUCUGGCAGCAUGUAUCGCUUUAAUGGCGUCGACGGGCGUCUGGAGCGCUCCAUGGAGGCCGUGUGUAUGGUGAUGGAGGCUCUGGAGAGCUACGAGCACAAGUUUAAGUAUGAUAUUGUGGGACACUCCGGAGACAGUUUUGACAUAGAACUGGUCAGAUGUGACAAAGUGCCCAAGAACAACAAGGAGAGGCUGAAGGUUUUGAAGAACAUGCACGCCCACUCUCAGUUCUGCAUGAGCGGAGACUACACCCUGGAGGGCACCGAACACGCCGUAAAGGAGCUGGCGCGCGAAGAAGCCGACGAGCAUUUCGUCAUCGUGUUGAGCGACGCCAACCUGGAGCGCUACGGGAUCAGCCCGGACCGGUUCGCACGAGCCCUCACCAGUGACCCGCAGGUCAACGCCUUCGCCAUCUUCAUCGGCUCCCUCGGAGACCAGGCGGACAGGCUCCAGAGGACUCUGCCGGCCGGACGAUCUUUUGUCGCCAUGGACACCAAGGAGAUCCCUCAAAUCCUUCAGCAGAUUUUCACAUCCACCAUGCUGUCCAGUGCCUAGGAGAACACUUUUGGGUGAAUCCCACCAAACCUGCCAUGUCACUGAUGACACGCAGCGAUCUCUGCAUCCAGGCGGAAUGAAAACAUGUCACUGGAAAAUCAAAAGAAAGAAAUAAGGCAUUAUUCUUUUUUAAUUUAUAUUAAGCACAUUUUCUCCCUGAAUUUUCAUUACCAUUCAUUCUUGCAGUGUAAUAAAAUAUGUAUUAAUACGUCAUAAGAUGAUUCUAGGUUGUACUGACAUUCAUUGUAAUGGAGUUACUCCAAAAAAUGAAAAAUAAUUA